GGAGACCCGCGCGGCCCCUCGGCUGCUCCGCAGGGAGGCCGCCGGGGGCCCGGCCCUGUCGCCGGUGCUGCUGCUGUGCAACCCCUCUUGUGCUGCAGAACUGAUUUAUAGACUGGGUCUGGCAAAAUGGUCUAGCGGCAAGCUCCUGCAGGUGCUGGCCUGUGAGGCACUCGGAAGGGUUCCGAGGCCAGGACAAGGUGCUGGCAGUACUGUGUUCCUGAGAGAAAGGAAUCGCACGCUACUUGAUCCUUUGAGUUGCCUCUUCGUGCGUAUACCAUCUGCAGAACGCUGGUGAACCUAUAUGCGGGCUGCUAUAAAGGCUAUUUAUUUGAAGUUUUCCUUUAUUUUAGUCAGUUCUUCUGAACUGGCUUCCCUCCAGGAAUGUUUCUAGGGUUAAAUUUUGCGCGAACAGCUGCAGAUCGAUUUAUUCUUUCCCCUUGCGGAAGUUGCAGUUGGUAAGACUGAAGACUCUUAUUUUUCAAGGCACAAGUUUUAGGAUUUCAGAUCGCUGAUUUCUUUGGAAGAUAUCCUUGAUUUGCAGAAGGCAUCUCAGAAUGUUGUGUCGAGCUGCUCUGAGCCCUCUUGUCCGUUCCCCUGGAUGGUGCUUUGUGUUACCGCCACAUGCCAUCGCAGCCAUUUCCCGUUUAUAUCUCCCUUGCCAUAGCCAAAGAUUAAGGAGUGAAUCCGUCCGUUGUUGGAGCAACAUUCCAUUUAUCACUGUGCCACUCAGCCGUGCACAUGGAAAAUCGUUUGCGCACCGCAGUGAGCUGAAGCAUGCAAAACGGAUUGUAGUAAAGCUGGGUAGUGCUGUUGUUACUCGAGGGGAUGAGUGUGGCUUGGCCCUUGGGAGGCUGGCUUCUAUUGUAGAGCAGGUCUCAAUGCUGCAAAAUCAGGGCCGAGAGAUGAUGAUUGUCACUAGUGGGGCUGUAGCUUUUGGAAAGCAGCGGUUGCGUCAUGAGAUCUUGCUUUCUCAGAGCGUGAGGCAAGCACUUCAUUCAGGCCAGAGUCAGCUAAAAGAUAUGGCUAUUCCAGUCUUGGAGGCCCGAGCCUGUGCAGCAGCUGGGCAGAGUGGACUAAUGGCUCUGUAUGAGGCCAUGUUUACACAGUACAGUAUCUGUGCAGCUCAAAUUUUAGUCACCAAUCUGGAUUUCCAUGAUGAACAGAAGCGUCGCAACUUAAAUGGAACAUUACAUGAGCUUUUAAGGAUGAAUAUUGUCCCUAUAAUUAACACUAAUGAUGCAGUUGUUCCACCUCCAGAGCCCAACAGUGAUCUGCAGGGGGUAAAUGUAAUUAGUGUGAAGGAUAACGACAGUCUGGCAGCACGACUGGCUGUGGAAAUGAAAACUGAUCUCCUGAUUGUUCUUUCAGAUGUAGAAGGACUCUUUGACAGCCCACCAGGGUCUGAUGAUGCAAAGCUUAUUGACAUAUUCUACCCAGGAGACCAGCAGUCUGUAACAUUUGGAACCAAAUCCCGAGUGGGAAUGGGUGGCAUGGAAGCCAAGGUGAAAGCAGCUCUGUGGGCUCUGCAAGGAGGCACUUCAGUCGUGAUCGCAAAUGGAACCCACCCCAAGAUCUCAGGUCAUGUCAUCACAGAUAUUGUAGAAGGAAAAAAAGUUGGAACUUUUUUUUCAGAGGUAAAACCUGCAGGCCCUACUGUAGAACAGCAGGCUGAAAUGGCUCGAGCUGGUGGCAGGACCUUGGCGGCUCUACAGCCUGAGCAGAGAGCAGAGAUUAUUUAUCGUCUUGCUGACUUACUAACAGACCAGAGAGAAGAAAUUCUCUUGGCAAACAAAAAGGACUUAGAGGAGGCUGAAAAUAAAGGGAGAUUAGCACUCCCUUUGUUGAAGCGCCUAAGUCUGUCUACUUCAAAGCUGAACAGCUUGGCUAUUGGUCUGCGUCAGAUUGCAGCAUCCUCGCAGGACAGCGUCGGCCGUGUAAUUCGACGAACUCGAAUAGCAAAAGACCUGGAUUUGGAGCAGGUGACAGUGCCAAUUGGUGUCCUUCUCGUGAUCUUUGAGUCUCGUCCUGACUGCCUUCCACAGGUGUCUGCUUUGGCAAUAGCCAGUGGAAAUGGCUUACUACUUAAAGGAGGGAAAGAGGCAGCACACAGCAAUCAAAUCCUUCAUCAUCUGACACAAGAAGCACUCUCCAUUCAUGGAGUCAGAGAUGCAGUGCAAUUGGUGAAUACAAGAGAGGAAGUAGAAGAUCUCUGCCGUUUGGAUAAGCUGAUAGAUCUCAUCAUUCCACGUGGUUCAUCACAGCUGGUCAGGAAUAUCCAGAAAGCUGCUAAGGGAAUCCCAGUGAUGGGUCACAGUGAAGGGAUCUGUCAUGUGUAUGUUGACACGGAUGCCAGUGUUGAGAAGGUCACGCGAAUAACCAGAGACUCAAAGUGUGAAUAUCCUGCUGCCUGUAAUGCUCUGGAAACUCUCUUAAUUCAUCGAGACUUGCUGAGAACCCCGUUGUUUGAUCAGAUCAUAGACAUGUUGAGAGUAGAACAGGUAAAGAUUCAUGCUGGCCCAAAGUUUGCAUCUUACUUGACAUUCAGCCCUUCAGAAGUGAAAUCUCUGCGCACAGAAUAUGGGGACCUGGAGUGCUGCAUUGAGGUGGUCGACAGUGUUCAAGAGGCUGUUGAACAUAUCCACAAGUAUGGAAGUUCCCAUACGGAUGUUAUUAUCACAGAGAAUGAAAAAACAGCAGAGUUCUUCCUCCAGCAUGUGGACAGUGCUUGUGUUUUUUGGAAUGCCAGUACCCGAUUCUCUGAUGGCUAUAGGUUUGGACUGGGUGCUGAAGUGGGAAUUAGUACUUCUCGUAUCCAUGCACGUGGACCAGUGGGAAUUGAAGGACUCUUAACUACUAAGUGGUUGCUGAGGGGGAACAAUCACGUUGUUUCUGACUUUUCAGAGCAUGGGACCAUGAAGUAUCUUCACGAAAGCCUCCCUCUCCCUCAGAGAAAUGCCAACUAAAAAUGCUGGGGAGAAAAACAGGCAGUAUAAUUAUUUCAUGAAGAUGUUCAGGCUUCAGCAUAAUCUCUGGUGAAGGAGUUUGUUUUUCAUCUUCAGAAACAUUGUCCUUGGUCGUUUUGCAGUAAAAUGAAUACAAAAUGAUCCCAUCAAUGAGAAUUCCCCCUCUCCCCCUUUCAGUUUCCUUAGUAUCUGUAAACUGACCUCACUUCUCCCAAAAAAGAGAUUUUUUUAAAUCAUACAGGUAACAUAAGGAAGGAUUUCAGUAUCAACUACACAACUUUUUUAUCCCAGUGCUCCCUGUAGCAAGUGUGUUUGGUGGUGGAGCUUAGUUUUUUUUUCUAAGUUUUGUUUUAUUCAAGUAUCUGUUCUGGAGAACAGACCCAGUGGUUUUGAUUGUGAGGGUUUUUUUCUUCAGUCUUAGGAUCAUGGCAUCUCUUGAGGGCCAGAAAGCUUUAUGCUUAAUUUCUUUGCAUUUGAUCAGUCUUGAGAUAGGGGGACAGAUGUUCCAAAUGUAUAGUAAGCUUUUGACCAAGAAACCUUUUAUAUCUAAUUCUUUGUAUUGUUGACUAUUGUAGAUAAAUAACAUAAUUGUCUGCUGCA